ACACUUUACAAUAAAGUCACCAUGAGGAUAUAUACAUUAACUAUUUUGUCAAUUUUCACAAUCAACAAUUGUGUUAAUACGUUAUGGAAUCGCGGUAGUCCAGUGACACCUAGAACAAAAACGUUUGUGGGUACUGAAGGCAUUAAAACAAAAAAACGUUUCGAAAAGCUAGGCGUUAAAGAGGAUAUGGCAAAAGAUUUGACGAAAGCUGCGGUUACUCUCCAUAAACUAAAAAUAGAUAUAAAUUAUUUAAAGGAUUACAUACCCGAGAUACGAAAAUUUAGAAAAAUGUUAAACAGGUGCAUUACUAGAAUACCUCGAACAACGACUACCACCACGACAACCACUACAACACGGCCAACAACAACAACAACAACUACUACUACUACUACAAAACGACCAACAACAACUACAACUACCACAACUCGACCAACGACAACAACAACCACCACAACGCGGCCAACAACAACUACUACCACAACGCGACCCACAACACGAAAAACUACUACUACUACAACACGACCCACAACACAUAAAAUAACAACUACUACUACCAGAAGACCAACAACUACUACAACGACACGUGUCACAACUCGAAAAACAACAACUACUACCACGACACAACCAUCAACACGAAAAACAACAACUAAUACUACAACACGACCAACAACACGAAAAACAACAACUACUACUACAACAACACAACCAACUACUACUACAACAAUACAACCAAAAACUACUACAACGACACAUCCCACAACAACUACUACUACAACACGAGCUACAACAAAAAUGACAACCACAACACGACCGACCACCUCGAUACAGCCAACAACAACAACCACAAAUCGACAUACAACUACCACGCCUAGGACUACGACAUUUUCAACGGAACUACCAAUAACAACUACCAAUCAAAGUCGUAGAACAAAAUCAACAACACGUGAUCCUAUAUGGGGUGAAUAUUAUUAAGAGUUCAAAAAAAAUUCACGAUUCUCGCUUUCGGACAAAAUAAAUGUAAAUGAUACCUACAUUUGGAAUAUUAAUUAGUGCUUCAUAUAGGUUGUUCACUAAAAUAGGCUAGAUAAUGUUAUUUUUAAUGGUUUCAAUUGAUACUGUUUACAUUAGCAUUUUGAGUGCCGGGAAUCCGCUCGACGGGCGCUCUGUUCGUAGCUAAAGCACUACGUAAACGUUGGCAGUGAAGGCGUUAAAAUACUAUUUCUGUGUGAGAACAAGAGGUCAAUUCUAAGUAACACUAACAUUCUCCUAAGUCCCGAUGUCCUUUUAAAAGGACAAUUCUAAUCAUUUUUCAACUAUCUAUCAACUAUCAUUUUAAACUACAUAAGUAUAAUGAAAUAAAUUAAAGAAUAUCCCAAAUCCAAUAUUACAAAUAACUCUGGGACUCGGGAACCGUAUGUUAUAAAAUUAAUCAAAUCUCAUCAUUUUUAAUUGUACUUAUUUAAAAUUAAUAAAGAACUAAAAGU